AUUGCCCUAGUUUAUCCUUUCUUCCAAAUCCCACGGAAUUGUUGUGUUGCGUGCCGUGUGCCUCGUUAGUCGACGCUUUUCUUUGCGUUUUUUGCAUUUGAGCCUUCGCGUUUGUUUCCGCCGUGGUCUUUAGGGUUCGGGGAGGGGGUGAGGGGUUGGGCGAGUAAGGCAUGAUCUGGCGAUCCGACCAUUUGUUCGGAUGGGGUGGUGAAUGUAAGUGUGGGAGCGUUCUCUGGAUUGAGUUGGGUGGAGUUGAGGUUCAGAUUUUGGUAUCUUUUUUGUACUUUGUUUUUCAAUUGUUUCUGUAAUUUUUGGUUUUCGGUCAAACUCUAGAGGCUGAUGCGGAGCAGUGUUGUGUCUUUUUGUGUUCUGAAGACUCCGUGAUCGAGGGUGUCCCUGGAGUGUUCCGUACCACUCACUUCUUCACUAGAGAACCCUUCAGAAUUGGGUGAUUUAUAAGGAAAGAACUAUGGCGAAGAGCUACGAGUAGAUCGAACGAUUGAGAGUCAGGGUGAGGGAUUUGGUUCGACGUCUGCGGACCACCUCCCCAUGUGGUUUAGAUAGACAGAGAAACCUGAUGGGGGUCUUCCUAAACUCAUUGCGAGAGGUUAAGUCUGAGUCUCCAGAGGCUCCCUCAUUGAUGACUAAGGAUUCGCAUGGGAAAAAUAAUGGAGGAUCCAAACUAGGAUUACUACCACUAGUGGCGCUUAUAUUUUACGAGGUCUCAGGUGGACCCUUUGGGGUGGAGGAUUCAGUCAAGUCAGGUGGACCUCUGCUGGCGAUUUUGGGUUUCCUGAUAUUUCCCUUCGUAUGGAGCAUUCCGGAGGCGCUGAUAACUGCAGAGCUGGCUACAGCAUUUCCAGAAAAUGGAGGAUAUGUGCUGUGGAUUUCAGCUGCGUUUGGAGACUUCUGGGGGUUUCAAGAGGGUUGGUGUAAAUGGAUCAGUGGAGUUGCAGAUAAUGCAUUGUACCCUGUUCUGUUUCUGGACUAUUUCAAGCGUGCAGUGCCUAUGUUUGCAGAUGGUCCUUUACGUUUCAUCUCCCUUUUAGUUAUCACCGUCUUGCUUACAUACCUCAAUUACAGAGGAUUGACUAUUGUAGGCAUCACAGCAGUGGCUCUUACAGGAUUUUCCCUUUUGCCAUUUCUAGUUCUGUCCCUCAUGUCCAUUCCCAAGAUCCGUCCGCGGAGAUGGUUGGUUGUUAAUCCUGGGAAGGUGAACUGGCGGACUUAUUUCAACACUCUGUUCUGGAACUUAAAUUAUUGGGAUUCUGCAAGUACAUUGGCAGGAGAAGUCGACAACCCUAAAGAUACCUUCCCUAAGGCUCUUUUGUGGGCAGUUUUAUUGGUCAUCGUGGGCUACGUGGUACCUUUACUGGCCGGUACCGGUGCCAUGGAGUCAAAUGAUUCCUUGUGGGAGGAUGGAUACUUCGCAGACGUUGGAUUAGCAAUUGGGGGGUCUUUUCUCAAGUGGUGGAUCGAAGCUGCGGCUCUACUAUCUAACAUGGGUUUGUUUGAGGCUGAAAUGAGCAGUGACUCUUUCCAGCUUUUGGGAAUGGGUGAGAUGGGGAUGCUGCCCAAGGUGUUUGCUAAGCGUUCUCAGUACGGAACACCCAUGCUCGGCAUCCUCUUCUCUGCUUCCGGGGUGCUUUUACUAUCAUGCAUGAGCUUCCAAGAGAUCGUGGAGUUUUUGAACUUCCUGUACUGCAUCGGUAUGCUCAUCGAGUUCGCUGCCUUUGUCUAUCUGCGAUGGUCACAACCUAAUCUAGUGCGGCCUUACAAGGUCCCACUUGGAACCAUCGGAGUCACCAUCAUGUCUGUACCAGCAACCGGACUUUUGCUCAUGGUGAUGAGUUACGCAUCAUGGCAAACUAUAAUUGUAAGCCUUGGGCUUUUCCUUCUCGGUAUGGUGACGUAUCCUCUCCUGCAGCUUGCAAAAGUGAAGGGAUGGGUAGAUUUCAUUGAAACAAAGGCGGGUCCUGAUUCAGCAUCGCCAGCGGAGAGUGACGAUUCAGAAGCAAGGCUCCUCUCAGGUGUCACUGGGUAGUCAUAUUGGGCUGUUGUUGGGCAUUUAGUCUUGCAUCGAAGCAAUGUGGAAGUGAAGGCACUUGAUCCAACAGCUCACCGGGCCUUUUUCUCAUAGUCCCAUCGUCGUUUAUUUAGAACAGUGCUUUUUGUCAAGUUUCCGUCAAGAUCUCCCUGGAAUCACCACGACCCUGUCAUUGGAAUGUGCUUAGUAUUUGUUGUGGUACAGGUUGCAGAAGAUUGUAAUAAUAUUGUAAUUUUAUCUAGCUUAUCACUGCACACCAUUUAUGACCAAAUUUGUCCUUAAUCACUGUUUAGAGUGUAUUAAGGUUUGCACUCAUGACUAUCUAAUUGAGCUGAAAGUACGUUACUGUAAGUUUAUUAUUGGAAGUUCAUUUAAUUCAGCAUUGAAUUAAUGCUUACAGAU